UAAAUUUAUUUCAAGAAAUGUCAAAAAGACUGAGAAGACAUUAAACCCUGAGAUGAAGAUCUUCAGUAAAUCUUCAUUUUAAUCGAUGGUCCGGCCAGCGGACAUCAUUAGUCCGUUAUAAAAGGUACUCUCGGAAAUAUACGGCCAGUCGGUUAGUGCAGCUCUUCAGUUCUGUGCGUUUAAGUUCUGUCUACAAUGCCGGCGCCACAUCAGCUUUCAUCGGCUCUUCUAAUUGUUAUUUUAGCAUCACUGGUCGAUAGCGCUCCCAGUUCCAGAUUGUACAAUCCGUAUCCGGCUAUACCUGGAAUAGUUCCUGUUUUUAUAAGACCAGGAGACACGCCGCUGAGAGACAUAAACGCAGAUCUGGCGCAAGCAUUCGAGUUUAAUGCUCAGAAGCAUGGCAGAAUCGCAUUCGGACGGAAAGUUAGCGAACUGCUCAAGGAAAAGUCGAAAUUGAAAAGUCUAAACAGAAAAACGAAAAUCCCCCUGGACGAACAGGAAAACCUCAUUAGCCCCGAAGAAAAUAGCAGUUCCCAUAUACAAAAAAUACCUAAGAGUGUAUAUUAACAUGUCGUGUACAAUUUUUUUGUAAAUAUAUGUUUUAGUAAUAUAACUAAGCUAUAUCAUA